UGAAUUUAUUCCACUUGCUGGGUCACCUCUGUUCUUGUUGAUUAUUGAUUAAAUUGUAAAUUAAAUUGAUUUCCUUUAUUAUCUAGUGUUUAUUUGUUUAAUUAAUCAACAUGUCGAUGAAAAGGAUUACCAAGUCAGCCACCGAUUGGGCAAAAGUACAAAAAUUCACCGGUGAAUACAAGUCCCAAUCUUUCAAGAAAUUGAAAGCUGCAUCGGAAACAUACAUUAGAAAAGUUCAAGAAAACCCUGAGGCUCCUCCAGCUAUUGAUUGGAAUGCAUUAAAAGCCACCGUUUCUAACAAAGAUAUUGUUGAUAAAUUGGAAGCCUCAUACAAACAGGCUCUUGCUAAGAUUCCUUAUCCUGAUGAUACUUUAGCUGCUACAAUUGAGAAAAUGGAAAAGGAAUCAAUUGAAUCUGCUAAGCAAAUGGUUUCUUUCUACGAGGAACGUAAUGAUGAAUGUCGACAAAUGAUCGCCAAGUUUGAGAAGAUGUGGCCUAUUGAAUGGCACACAGUGGAAACUUUCGCAAUGACUUUCCCCGAUUGGGCUGAUUGGUACGGAGAUUCACAUGUUAAAGGAUUGUAUCCACCUACAACUCCUAAGGAUGUGAUUGCCGAAGAAACAAAACCAACAAGAUUGGAUUUGGAGGCUCGUUUCUAAUCACUGUCUGUGAAAAAUUUUCCCAAAUUACCUGUGAAAUAAGUGUUUAGUUAAAAAAAAAGAUUGAGAUGAAAUCAGGAAAAUGUUAUCGAAAUAUUUCAUUGAUAUAGAUUAUCGAAAUAAAUUUAAAUUGAUCGUUUAAUUGAAA